AUGUCGCAUCCCUUCCCGUGUUCCGAUGACGGAUCGAUAGCAGGCGACUCUGAUCCUUUUGAAUACGAGGACCAGGAUGAUAUGGAAAUCCAGUCCGUCAAUGACGAGGAGGACGAUCAGAUGCACAUCGAGCCGCCAGAAGUGCGGAAAGCUCCUUAUACUAUCAUGAACCGAGGAGAGAUAGAACUCCGACAGAAGAGUGUCAUUAGCGAGGCUUCGGAGCUCCUGCAAGUGUCCGCUGAGGACGGCUUCGUGCUUCUCCGAGAAUACCGCUGGGACCUGCUAAGGUUGCAGGAGGCGUGGUUUGACAAUGACCAGAAGGUGCGAAAUCGUUGCGGAUUGAGCACCUCUUGUCCGUCGCCUGCACCAUCUUCCGUAAAGUCAGGCCCCAAGACAUGCUCCAUCUGCAUGUCUGCCAUCGACGACUUGAUAGCUCUGGACUGCGCGCACGGCUUUUGUGCAGAAUGCUGGAGGGGCUAUCUCCAAACGCAGGUGGACGACGGAAAGUCUGCGGUGCAGACACGUUGCCCGCAGCACAAGUGCAAUCGGAUAGUUCCGACAUCCUUCUUCGGGCGCUUUUGCGACGAAGAGCGGCAGAAGAAGUACCAGGAGUGGUGCUUACGGACCUACGUGGACGAGAACGCUGCUGUGAAGUGGUGUACCAAUCCAGUAGGCUGUCACUACGCCUGUGAAUAUCCAGGCGUUGAGAUUGUUGACGUUCAGUGCAACUGCAGCUUCAUUUGGUGCUGGGGUUGUGGCGAAGAGGCUCACAAGCCGGCCAGCUGCCAGACCGUCAACCAGUGGAACGUGAAGAACUCUGCGGAGUCAGAGAACAUCAGCUGGAUUCGGGCGCACACAAAGAAGUGCCCCAAGUGCCACAAGCCCAUCGAGAAGAACCAGGGCUGCAACCACAUGGUGUGCUCGAAGGCGGGCGGCUGUGGCCACGAAUUCUGCUGGCUCUGCCUGGGCGAUUGGUCUACUCAUGGCACGUCCACCGGAGGGUAUUACCAGUGCAACAUCUACGACAAGCAGUCAAAGGAGGGAAAACAUGCCGACGAGGAGCGGUCCAGGCUGAAAGCCAAGCAUGCCCUCGACAAGUACAUGUUCUAUUUUGAGCGAUUUAUGGACCACGACCGUGGCAUGAAGCUCACCAUAACCGAAGAGCAGGACAUCGAGGGGAAGGUGCAGAAGCUUCACGAUGACCAUGGCUUCGAGAUCAUUGAGCUCCAGUUUCUCUACGAUGCCCUUCGGCAAGUGAGAGCCUGCCGGCGCGUCCUCAAGUGGACAUACGUCUACGGCUACUACUUGGAUGACUCUAGCGAAAAGAACCUUUUCGAGUUCUUGCAGAAGGACUUGGAAAAGAACACGGAUUGCUUACACGAGAUGUUGGAGAAGGACUUUGACCGAAUGUUCUUCAACCCGGCAGAAGGACAGCAACUUUCACAGGCAGACGUGCACCAGAAUUUUAAGGUCUUCCGUAGCCAUGCCACAAAUUACACCAAUGUCACACAGAAGUUCAUGGACAAGGCUGCUCGUCGCAUCGCGACCUUCGAUGAGGAGCUUGCGAAGCAGAAGGCGGCCAUGCGCCGUCGGCGCACCGAGGCCUCCGGAGCCACCGCACUCGGCCAUGCGCUCCGGGACGGAGCCGCGCUCCGAGGCCUCUCGGAGGCCACGGCAGAGCAGCGGGCGGCCUGUGAGGCAGCCAUCCAGGCUGCCCGCGAGGAAGGCGGUGCAGGUGCAGCCGCCUGGGAGGACUUGGCACAGGUUUGGGGCAAGCUGCAAGAGGAUGUGGCGGAGGCCACCAAAGAGGCGGAAGCCGAUGCGGAGGAGGCCUGUGGUGACGUCGCUGAGAUCUCACAUCAUCUGGUCUUUCGCGGACUUGCAGCAGCAGCCCGCCGUGCGGCUGCCUUCGAGCGGAAGCUGCAGACUCUGCGCAGGGAAGGAUGCCACCUGCCAACUCGAGAUCCUGAAGCAUCCAGGCAAAGGGGAUCUGAUCGAGUCGCUCAGGAACUCUUGAAGAUCAAGAGCAAAGGUGCUUCCAAGAAAGCGAAAGUGGGAGAGGUGCACCACACCAAGGCGAAAAGCAGAAAGGCAACUCCAGGACUAGACCUGGACACCGGCAGCAUCAGUGAAAAAGUCCUUGCCGCCGGGUCUCGCCUGCCAAAGCAGGGCGCCGAGAGGCAGCUGCGUGCACAUGGCCUGAAGAAGGGCCUUGGCGCGCUCCCAGAGCAGGCUCAACCCAAAGCUCUUAGAGCAAAGGGUGCGGCUGCCCCGACCGAAGAGACUGCAGCUCUCGUGCAUCAUCAUCAGGAUGCACAUGGGAAGCAGACCGACGGUCCAACCUUCGCAGUGACCACCCGCGUCUAUGCAGCAGAGCUUCCCUAUCUCAAGCACUUCCUGAACUACUACUUGCACGACUUGCAGGUCAAGCGGGUGUAUCUUUUCUGCACUGACGAUGCUGAAGAGACCACUAUUCGAAGUGCUGUGCGAGGCUUUGGCUUCCUAGACCAACAGGUGACGUUCGUACGUGGCAAGCGCAACCAAAGCCUGCAGCGGCUGAACUACCAUGCUGUGCAGGAAGACUUCCUCUUGGAUGUGGACUGUGACGAGUUCCUGGUUCCUCCCAAGGGUGGUCUUCGCGGCAUCAUCGAUUCAGACCCACAUGCAGACGCAUUCAACCUCCAGUGGACCUGCUACCCGAGCGACGCGCGCGAGCUUGACUUCGAGCCUAAAGGUAUCCCUUGCACUGGCUAUAAGGGGAUGAUCCGAACGAAGAGCCUGCACGACGAGAACGGACACUACAAGUUCGUGGAGGGCACACCGGUUUGCGGUGGAAGAGGUCAAUCCGGUCCUUGCGUCUUCUCCAAGCAAGUUAUCCCGCUAGCGCAUAUCCAGUACCGUGGCUUCUGGGACAGCGUGCUGAAGGACGUCAGCUCGCCUGCUGGAUCUCAAUGGAUGCUCAAGGGCCAGCCAAAGAGUAUCGCCAUGCAGAAGAUCAGGCAGGGUCAGCCGCCAAAGCGAAUGCAGUCCUUGGCAUUUGAGAUGGUUUGCGUCGAGCGAUUUGGCACGCAGCUCCUGUCUGAACAUGGGCUCAAGGUUCCGAGGCAGAUGAAGUUUUCCAUCGACGGCCUGUUCCAGUCGAAGGCCUUGGCCAAAGCCGGUGUGGAUCGGGUUCUGAAGAUGCAGGCAGAGAAGGGUUAUCGAAGAUACAAGGAGGCCUUGCAGAUGUCCUUCGACAAGCUGCUUUGCGACCCAAAGCAGACCUGCGCCAAUAUCAAGCCGAAUCCCUUGACAAAGCUCCUGGAGAAGAUGUCAGCAUCAAAGCUCCGGGCCUACGAUGGUGCUUGCAAGAAGCCCGAGUCCGGUGGUCAUGAAGUGAAGUUCACGCAGCGGCCGAACGCAGGCAAGCGGAAGAAAGUGGCAAAGGAGCAGGCAAAGGCAGCCCGCCGAGCGGACGCCUUGCUCCAUGUUGGGGCGAAGAAGGAUGUGCAGGAGAAGGAGGCCAAAGUCCAGACCUUCGCAGUGACGACCCGUGUCUACGAAGCGGAGCUUCCUUACCUCCAUCACUUCCUCAAGCACUAUCUGCAUGAUGUGAAGGUCAAGCGGGUGUAUCUAUGGUGCACAGACAAAUCCGAAGAGCCCGCUAUCCGAGCUGCUGUGAGAGGCUUCGGCUUCUCUGACAAUCAGGUCACCUUUGUGGAUGGCGGAUCGCGUGUCCAAAACCUGCAGCGGAUGAACUACCAUGUCGUGAAAGAAGACUACCUGUUGGACGUGGACACUUGGAGUCGGGUGUGUGGGCCAGAGAACAUGAAAGAGACCACAGCUCCCAUGUCCCUUCGUGGCUACCGGGCCACCUUUUGUUCCGACAUGGCAAACUUUCGCGAUGGCAACGCACGAUGGCUAUUCUUCAGAACAGCCUGCAUGGGCUGUUGCUUCAUCUUCCUGAACCGCGCUGUGUUCUUUGACUUGGAGUGUUCUUUCAUAAUGUCCAUAGUUUCCUGUGAAGAUCCAGUCCCACCCUGCCCUGAUGGCUCGGCACAGCUGGGCGAGUCCUGCGUUGCGCAUCCACCUGGCUCCUCGGAGUGGUCCUUCUCCACACACUGCGCAGUGCGAGAAGUGGUUCUGAACUCCGCACGUGAGACGAUGUCCUUACUGGCUGCAGCCGAUGGAUUCGGCAGUGUUUUGGCUCUUUUUUUCCUUGGCCCGAUGGUGGACUCGUUGGGUCGCAAGCCCAUGCUGCUGGUCGCCCUCAUCGGGACCCUGAUUCGGUCCAUAAUGCAGUACGGCUCAUCCAUACUUGUCGGCCGUACAUCUGCGCAAGACUGGAUCAAUGUCGCUGCUGCCUUUGUCGCUUGUGCGCUCAACGUCUUCAAGCCUGCAAUAAUGGCCAUGGCUGCAGAUCUCUCGGAGAGUCAGAUUGACCGUCGGAACUGGGCACUCUCCUGGAUGAAUCAAGCCUUGUUCCUUGCAGGGCCCCUGGGCUUUGGAGGAGGAUUUUGGAUUCUGCAUGCCAGCCUAGAGAGCUACUCCUGGGUCUGGCUCGCAAGCGCUCUCGCAAAUGUGGUCUUGUUCCUGGCGACGCUGCUACUGCUCUCCGAGACCAAUCAUCUCUACGACACCAGGACCAAGAGUCCGCAAGUUGUCGACUUGCAAAUCGUACCUGAUGUCAACACACAAGAGCCGGAAAUUUGCAAGUCCAAGGACGGCCAGCGAAGGAAAGGUUUCAGUUGUGGCGCACUGCGUGACACGGCAGGUUUUGUCCGUGACAUCGGGCGGGUUCCGGUGAUACGGCAAGUCCUGAUUCUCAUAUUCUUGCUGAAAUUGCAAUGGUCGAUGGGACAUCUUGGGCGUUGGCUUCUGAUGACCUACCUGGGCUACUCGCAAGCUGCAGCGUCAAUGGUGGGCUUCACCGGCACUCUCCUUGGUGUUAUAGGCAGUCGCGUGAACGGGCUCCUUGUGCCCCGGAUCGGAUCUUGGAACACCUUGUUAGUGGCGCUACUUCUGUGUAGCAUCGGAAGCAUCUCGGAAGGCGUGUCUGUGCUGCUCGCCAGCCAGAUGAACCCUCUGGUGGUGCCCAGCAUUGUGUUCUGGACAGGGCGAGUGAUGCUGGGACUGGGCCACGGCAUCUACACCCCUCUACUAGAUGCAAUUGCAAGUGUGCACGUGGGUCCUGAGCAACAAGGGCGGCUCUUCUCGGUUCUGAAGCUUGCGGCACUGGUAGGUCGCAUCUUGGGAAUGUCGCUCCUCUUCCGCAACUUCUUCAACAGCUCCUGGACUGGCGGGAUGGCGCCUCUCUCCUGCUUCGUAUGCGCGACAGUUUAUGCACUUGUCAGCUGCUGGGUCUUCAUUCUCCCCCGUUGGCUGCUGGUGUUCGGCACGAAGGCCGACUCUUCCGAAAAGAACUCGACUGAUGCGCUUGAGAUGUGCAUCCUUGACAUACGCAAGAGCACCGUAAUCGAAGUUGAGUACACAAGUGCGUACGACUGCGACGAGUUCCUGGUGCCUCCGCCGGGCGGUCUUUGCGGCGUCGUCGGGUCAGACCCGCACGCAGAUGUCUUCUACAUGCAGUGGACCUGCUACCCCAGCGACGAGCUCAAGCUGAACUUCCAGCCCAAAGGUCUCCCAUGCACCGGCCUCAAGGGAAUGAUCAAGACCAAGAGCAUGCACGACCACAAUGGUCACUUCGAAGUUGUCGGGGGCAUGCCGCAGUGCGGUGGCAGAGGUCCCUGCGUCUUCUCCAAGCACGUCUUGUCUUUGGCGCAUAUCCAGUAUCGUGGCUUUUGGGACAGCGUGCUGAAGGACGUGAGUUCGCCAGCAGGAUCUCAGUGGAUGCUCAAAGGCCAGCCGCGGAGCGUCGCGAUGAAGGAAAUCAGGAACGGUCGGCCUGGAAAGCGCAUGAUGUCCCUGGCCUUCGAGAUGGUCUGCGUAGAGAGAUACGGCACAGAGCUCCUGUCACACGAGAAGCUGAAGGUUCCGAGGCAGAUGAAGUUUGGCAUUGACGCCUCCUACCAAACGAAGGCUUUGGCCAAAGCAGGCUUGGAUCGGGUAAUGAAGAUGCAAGCAGGCAAGGGCUACCAGAGAUACAAGGCAGCGCUGCACAAGUCCUUUGACCGGUUGCUCUGCAAUCCGAAGGCGGCCUGCAUCGAUAUCAAGCCGUACCCGGUGUCGAAGAUGCUGGAGAAGCUGUCGGCCUCGAAGCUCAGCGCCUACAACGGUCACUGCCAGUCGCCCGAGAAAAGCGGCCAUGCAAAGUUCGCACUGGAUGAGCGAAAGACUGCGGGCAUGAAGCAGAGCAAGGUGGAGCCGGAAGAGGAGGCCUCCCUGCUCCAGGUUCAGGUCAAGGACACCCAGGAGGAGAAGGAAGCCAACACCCCGACCUUCGCAGUGACGACCCGCGUCUACGAAGCGGAGCUUCCCUAUCUCAGGCACUUCCUCAGGUACUAUCUGCAUGACGUGAAGGUCAAGCGGGUGUAUCUCUUCUGCACGAAAAAGUCGGAGGAGGUUGCCAUCCGAGCUGCUGUGAGAGGCUUCGGCUUCUCAGACAAUCAGGUGACAUUUGUGGAUAGCAAACGAAGCCAAAAUCUGCAGCGGAUGAACUAUCAUGCAGUAAAAGAAGACUUCUUGCUGGAUGUUGACUGCGACGAGUUCGUGGUGCCUCCCAAGGGCGGUCUUCGCGGCGUCGUCGGGUCAGACCCACAUGCAGACGCCUUCCACAUGCAGUGGACAUGCUACCCCAGUGACGACCUCAAGCUGGGCUUUAAGCCCAGAGGUAUCCCUUGCACAGGCUAUAAGGGAAUGAUCCGGACAAAGAGCAUGCACGACCACAACGGCAAGUACAGCAUCGUGGAGGGCACGCCGACUUGCGGUGGCAAAGGUCGCUGUAUCUUCUCCAAGCACACCCUCCCUUUAGCUCAUAUCCAGUACCGUGGCUUCUGGGACAGCGUGCUGAAGGACGUGAGUUCGCCAGCUGGAUCUCAGUGGAUGCUCAAAGGCCAGCCACGGAGCGUUGCGAUGAAGGAGAUCAGGAAUGGUCAGCCCGGGAAGCGCAUGGCGGCCUUGGCCUUCGAGAUGGUCUGCAUCGAGCGAUUUGGUACGGAGCUCCUGUCUGGCCACAAGCUCAAGGUUCCGAGGAAGAUGCAGUUUGCCAUCGAUGGCUCAUUCCAGACGAAGGCAUUGGCCAAGGCAGGCUUGGAUCGGGUAAUGAGGAUGCAGGCAGACAAGGGCUAUCGCAGAUACAAAGAGGCCUUGCGGAAGUCCUUCGACCGGCUGCUUUGCGACCCGAAGAAGACCUGCAGAGAUAUCAAGCCGAAUCCCGUGUCGAAGAUGCUGGAGACGAUGUCAGUGACGAAGCUCCGGGCCUACAAUGGUCGCUGUCAUAGGCCCGAGACAGCUGGCCACAAAAUUAAGUUUGCCCUCGACGAGAAACGGCAGCUGAUAGAGCAUGUCCCAGAGGACGCAUCGCUGCUGCAAGUGCAGGUGCAGGACGCUGGACAUCAUCGGAAGGCUCACACCUUUGCCGUCACCACUCGUAUCUAUCGAGCAGAACUGCCCUACUUGAAGCCUUUCCUUAGCCACUACAUCGACAAGCUGGCCACAGACCGCAUUUACCUCUUCUGCACGAACCCGAGCGAGCAGAAGCUCAUCGCAAACAAGGUCAAUGCUCUGGGCUACAAGAAGCAGGUCACUUUCCUGGGUGCAGCCGACCCGCAGAAGCUCCAGAAGCUGAACUAUUCCGCAGUCACGGAAGACUGGAUCAUUGAUGUGGAUGUGGAUGAGUUUCUGCGACCGCCGGAGUUCAGCUUGAAGAAGAUAGUGGAAUCCGAGCCGGAGGCGGACAUGUUUGAGUUGCAGUGGCUCUGCUACCCCUGCGACACGACACACGGGGUGGCGAGGCCAUAUCCUUUGCCCUGCGUGGGGCUCAAAGGAAUGGUCAAGAGCAAGGCCUUCAUUCCUGACGCAAGGGGCGUGUACGACGUUCACGGAGGUGUACCGCGCUGCACGCAGCCAUGCAAAGUCGGAAAGAAGAGGUACAACUUGAACCACUAUCAAUACCGUGGCUUCUACGAUGCCUUGUGGCUUGGCUGCCACCGGCUCGUUCAGUAUUGA